AUGAUAGAAGAUGGUAGGUAUGAGCAAUAUCCAUGGGGGAAAAUAGCAUUUUCAAAAUUGAUAAAAGGAAUGCGUCAGGAGUUUUCAAAUGCCAAACAAAUGUAUCGUCUAGGCGGCAUACCAUACGCUCUGAAUGUUUGGAUAUAUGAAUGUGCAUCUCAAGUUCCCUCUGAAAUUGCUGUAAGAGUGGGUAAUAAAAUUCCUAGAAUUCUUAACUGGCGUGUUGUCUCCGUGAAGCCAAAAUUUAAGACCUUCAUGUCUACCAUCUUCAGUGAGUAUCCAUGCUCCAACAUUGUCCAAUCUCAACAUGAAAUGGAAUCUAUUGUCAUUCAUGGCAGCCAACAGAAAUCUGAAGCUUCAACAUCGGCUGCCAAGGUCAAUUUCAGAAAACCUCAUGAAGUCCCCGGAUUUGAGGACUUUUCAACAACAUCACCCAUAGAAUUAUUAAAAAAAUUCAGUCAUGUCGCUGAUACAUCUUCUCCACCUCCUUCCAAAAGAAUGAAGACUUCCCCUACUAAAGAGCCAAUUCAAGUAGAAACAGACAACAUGCACAAGGAUUUCAUACCACCAAAUGAAUCAGAAAAGCAUGUUUCUCCUGACAAUGUACCAGGGGCAAAGUCAGUUGUUGACCGAAAGUUCGAGCGUUUGGAGAAUAAAAUUGAUUCAAAUCACAUUGAUCUUUUGAAAGUCAUCGACAGUAUGGCGAACCGAAUGACUGGCACAUCAUCUCAAGUUAAAACAGAUGAUUUUAAUCAAACAUUCCAUGUGGUUGAACAACAAAAAGCACCUACUGGAUUGGAGGUGUACAAUUUUGUAAAUAAAUCUGACCCACCCCAACAAAAUGACCAAUCUAAUGUCCAGGAAGAUAUUAAGGGACCUGAACCAUCCACCAUGAUAAAACAGAUGGAAAAUAUAUCAGAACAAAACAUUUCAGCAGAUGUUCCAGAAUUAUUUGAUCAGCAGGUUUCUUCUAAUACAUUAAAGAAUACUGGAAAGAAAGAUGGAAGAGUAGCCGAUGAUAAAACUGACAAAGUAGAAGAGCAAGUUGAGGAGAUUGAAAAAGAAAAAAUCAAACCAAGCACAUCGGAAUCCAAUACUUCAGCAUCAUUUUCGACCGAAACUCUGGAUGUGAUAGAUGCUCUAAUAUACGGACUUCCAUUACCAGCCAUGCCAUUGACAGUUGUUAGUCAUGAGCAAGUUCAGGAUGAAUGUCUAUUACGCGAUAGCCAGCUACCAACCACUCUUCCAUCAAAAGCCAAUGUAUUGUCUGACGAUGCGAAGACACCAUUUUGA